AUGGAAAACAGUGUAUCAGCGUCAUCUAGUGAUACCACCACCAGUUCAAUCGAUACAUCUAGUCAUAUAACCAAAGAAAUGCCAGCCCAUCGACUUAUAAUCUUACGUCAUGGGGAAUCACAAUGGAAUAAAGAGAAUAAAUUUUGUGGAUGGAUAGAUAUUCCAUUAAGUAUAAAAGGACAACAAGAAGCUCAAUAUGCCGCCGAAUUAAUUCAUUCCCAUAAUUUAGAUCCUGAUAUUAUAUAUACUUCGAAAUUAACUCGAAGUAUUGAGACUGGAUUAUUGAUUUUACAAAAAAUGAAUAAGAUUUGGAUUGAUCAUAUUAAGACAUGGAGAUUGAAUGAACGUCAUUAUGGGAAAUAUCAAGGGAGAGAUAAACAUGAUGUAUAUUUGGAAUUAGGAUCAAAUAAAGAAAGGUUUCAAUAUAUUAGAAGGAAUUAUCAUGGAAUACCUCCGUUAAUCCCACUGGGGGAAGAUAUGAGUAUUGAUGAUAGAUAUAAUGAUGUAGUGAAUCGAGAUGUAUUACCAAGAGGAGAAUCAUUAGAGAUGGUUAUGAAGAGAUUAAUUCCAUUUUUCCAAUAUGAAAUAUUAGAUCAACAAAUGAUUCAAUUAAAUAAAACGGUAUUAAUUGUGACUCAUGGAUCUAUUGUUAGAAGUUUGAUUAAAUAUUUGAAUAAUGUGAAUGAUGAUGAUAUUAGUAAGAUUAAUGUUCCAACUGGGAUUCCAUUAGUAUUUGAAUUAAAUGAUAAAGGUGAAUUAAUUAAAUUUUAUUAUUUAGAUAAAGAAAAAGCAAAACAAGGAAUUGAAAAAGUUAAGAAUGAAGGUUUAAUGAAAGUUUGA